UAUCCACCAGUACUACAUAAUUGGCUAUGAACUCAAAAAUAUUUAUAAGUUAAGUAAUAAUAAUGAAAGCUCAGUGGGUAAGUCGUCAAAUAAAAGCAUCACCAGCAAUCACUCUACUACGUAACGCAAGAUUGUUACAACGAAGCACGUUAUUUCAAAAGUUGAGUACAGAAGCAGGUAACGCCGUUAAGCCGCUAAACACACGCAAGACAUUUCUAGCAAAAGUAACAACAGGACCAGGGCUGCAGGAAUUUUUCAAUGUCAAGCGAGUGCCCACACAUAUCGAAGAUGAUAAAAACGAGGAAUUUCAUGUGCCUUACUUAAUACCGGAAAACUAUAGCGGUCAAGGACGCAAAGUAUUUUUUGAAGUAUACGGUUGUCAAAUGAACACCAAUGAUACCGAAGUGGUAUGGGCCGUUCUACAGCAAAACGGAUACAAGCGUUGCCAGGAGGCGCAACAGGCUGAUGUUAUUAUUUUAGUGACUUGCGCUAUACGUGAUGGAGCGGAACAGAAAAUAUGGAAUCGCCUAAAACACUUACAUGCCAUGAAGGAGCGACGUUCGCCACGUGCUGGGCCCUUGCAAAUUACUGUUUUAGGAUGCAUGGCUGAACGUCUUAAAGAACGUUUACUUGAACGUGAGAAAUGUGUUGAUGUAAUUGCUGGACCGGAUAGCUACAAAGAUCUUCCACGCCUAUUGGCGGUGUCGCGACAUUAUCAACAGUCUGCCAUUAAUGUGCUGCUCUCACUGGACGAGACAUAUGCCGAUGUGAUGCCUGUACGCUUGAAUGCCGAAUCGCCUACUGCCUUCGUUUCGAUAAUGCGUGGAUGUGACAAUAUGUGUUCUUACUGUAUUGUUCCGUUCACACGUGGCCGUGAACGUUCACGCCCAAUAGAUUCAAUAGUACAAGAAGUCCAAACUUUGCGAGAUAGUGGCGUUAAAGAAGUCACAUUGCUGGGUCAAAAUGUCAAUAGCUAUCGUGAUAUUAGCACAACUACUGAUAGCAAACCGGAAUUGGCAAAUAAAAAAAUAGCACCUGGUUUCAGUACGGUAUAUAAGCCUAAAAUUGGAGGAAUGCGCUUUGAUGAAUUAUUGAGCCAAGUGGCUGAAGCAGCGCCUGAAAUGCGAAUACGUUUCACCUCGCCACAUCCCAAAGACUUUUCCGAAGAUGUGUUACGAGUCAUACGUGACUAUCCGAAUGUCUGCAAAAAUUUACAUCUACCUGCCCAGUCGGGUAACGACGCUGUAUUGGAACGUAUGCGACGUGGUUACACAAGAAAUGCAUAUCUGAAGUUAGUGGAUACAAUUCGAACAAUCCUGCCAAAUGUUGGACUCUCCAGCGAUUUUAUUUGUGGAUUUUGCGGAGAAACUGAGGAGGAAUUCAAAGAUACAUUAACACUUAUGAAACAAGUUCGCUACAAUGUAGCUUUUCUGUUCGCAUAUAGUAUGCGUGAACGAACGACUGCACAUCGACGUUACAAAGAUGAUGUUCCAACUGCCGUUAAAACAGAACGAUUGCAACGAAUGGUUCAGGUGUUUCGUCAAGAAGCUACCGAUUUGCACACAUUUUUCGUUGGACGUGAAGAGCUGAUACUUAUUGAGGGGAAGAGUAAGAGAUCAGACGAAUGCUGGUUCGGGCGGAAUGAUGCUAACAUCAAAGUCAUAGUGCCCAGCAUGAUGCUCGCUGACGAUAAAGGAAUCAAGAGAGAAAUCACCAUCGGAGAUUUUGUUGUAACUAAAGUUAACGAUUCCAAUUCUCAAGUGCUUAAGGGCACACCACUUUAUAUUAGCUCCAUUGGACAGUUUCAUUCAAAGAGUUUUUAACAUAAAUAAAGUUAUCAAGUGUUGAUAUGUUUUAAA